AUGUGUUGGUUUAUCUGGCUUUUGGCUCCAUGGUCCUCCUCAUCCUUCCCUCUGCUGCUUCUCACUGUACUGAGCAGACAGAUAGGACUGGAGGGGGUUCAGGCAUCAGUGUGCUCUCGAUGGGAAACACAUGACAACAAGGGCCUCUUUCAGGAUGGUGAUGUGAUUAUCGGAGGUCUCUUUAACCUCUAUUAUGUGCCUUCAUUUAUAGAACAGGACUAUAGUAAGAAGCCAUAUUAUCAAGGCUGCACCAGUUUGAGCACAACGUCACUACAAGCAAUUUAUGCAAUGGCAUUUGCAGUGGAGGAGAUAAAUCGUAACAGUACCUUAUUACAAGGAGUGAAACUGGGUUACCGUAUACUGGAUACCUGUGCGAGAUACCCUUGGGUUCUGCAAGCAGCUCUGUCAUUGGUUGCAGGAGAUGCACACAGCUGCAACUCAACUGUCUCUACUCCUUUUCCUGCAGUUAAUGGACAACCUGGGACUUUAGCUGGUGGUCAGUCUGUUCCUUUGAUCAUUGGCCCUUCUAUUUCUGCAACAGCAACUAUAUUGUCCAAGAUACUGAGCCCUCUCUCUAUGAGUUACACGGCAAGCUGUCCUUGUCUGAGUGACAGGCAAAAGUUCCCAAAUUUUUUCAGAACAAUCCCAAGUGAUGUUUACCAAGCUCAAGCCAUGGCACGGCUGGUUUUACACUUCAAAUGGACUUGGAUUGGAGCAGUGAUAGCAAAUGAUGGAUAUGGUCAUUCUGCAUUACAGGUGUUUCAGAGGGAAAUUCAGGGAAAACAAGUUUGUUUAGAUUUUAUUAAGACCAUCAGCUGGGAAAGAAAUAUGGAAGAUAUAAUAAAAGCAGCAGUUACAAUUCAAGCUUCAACUGCAAGGGUAAUUCUGAUUUUUUUUUACUCAUCGUCAGGGGUACAUCAACUAUUUCUUCAAUUGGCUCAGAGAAAUGUAACUGGUAGACUGUUUAUAGCCAGUGAGGCCUGGAGCACCAGUGACGUUCCUCCAAAUGUUGCCCUUUCUAAGUUGUUCAGUGGUGUUGUUGGUGUGGCCAUUCGAAGUUCAACAAUACCUGGAUUUGAAAAUUAUAUCAGGAAGUUAAACCCAUAUGACCGUCCAGAGGAUGUUUGGAUUAAGGAAUAUUGGGAAAAAGAGUUUGGAUGUAGUCCCAGAUUCAAACAAUCCCAUAAAACACCUCUGUCUUCACAUUCCUCUUCUCCAACCAAGUCCCUUCAAAAAUCUUCCCUCCCACCUUGCAGUGGGACAGAGACUCUGGAGGAGGUCCAGAGUCCUUUAACUGACAUGUCUCAGUUAAGGAGGACGUAUAAUGUGUAUCUUGCUGUUUAUGCAGCAGCUCACGCCCUUCACAGCCUUCUCUCCUGCCCAAACAGAGACAGUCCUACGAACAACAGCUCCACCUGCUCCUCUGCAAAACACAUCAAACCCAGAGAGCUUCUGAAACACAUGAACAAAGUGAAUAUCUCCACACCACAUGGAGAAUUGUUUUCCUUUCAAGGAGCUGAUAUUCCUGCAAAGUAUGACCUUGUCAACUGGCAGAAAACCACUGAUGGUCAACUGAGACUUGUGUUAAUUGGUCAUGCGGAUGAGUUUGAUGUCCACCUAAAUGAGUCUGCUAUUCAGUGGAAUAUAGGAUCCAAUGAGGUUCCUGUCUCAGUGUGCAGUAAGAGCUGUCCCCCAGGUACCCGAAAGGCCACCAGGAAAGGAGAACCUGUUUGCUGCUUUGACUGUAUUCCAUGUGGAGAAGGAGAAAUUAGUAAUAUAACAGGUUCCCCCCACUGUGAACGUUGUCCAUCUGAAUUUUGGUUCAACGUUGACCGAACUGUCUGCAUUCCUCGUCAGAUUGACUUCCUUUCUUUUAAUGAAUCGUUGGGCAUUACUCUGACUACAGCAGCUGUGUCUGGUGUCAUGAUGACAACAGCUGUGUUUGUGGUUUUUCUAUACUACCGUCGAACACCAAUGGUCAGAGCCAACAACUCAGAGCUGAGUUUCCUUCUUCUUCUGUCGCUGAAGCUCUGCUUCCUGUGUUCUCUGGUGUUCAUUGGUCGUCCAUCAGUCUGGUCUUGUCGGUUCCAGCAGGCAGCCUUUGGGAUCAGCUUUGUACUUUGUGUUUCCUGUCUUCUGGUGAAGACCAUGGUGGUUCUGGCAGCUUUCCGCUCAGCUCGUCCUGGUGCUGCAGCUUUGAUGAAGUGGUUUGGUCCAGGUCUGCAGAGAGGAAGUGUCUGCCUGUUCACCAGUGUACAGAUCAUCAUCUGCAUCAUAUGGUUGUCUCUCAGUCCUCCAGUACCUCACCGUAAUUUGAGAAUCCCAGGGUCAAAGGUCACUCUGGAGUGUGCCAUGGCCUCUGUGGUGGGCUUCUCUCUGGUUCUGGGCUACAUCGGUCUGCUGGCCUGCACCUGCCUCCUCUUGGCUUUUCUCGCCAGGAAACUCCCUGACAACUUCAAUGAGGCCAAACUGAUCACUUUCAGCAUGCUGAUAUUUUGUGCUGUUUGGGUGGCCUUUGUCCCUGCUUAUGUUAGCUCUCCUGGGAAAUAUGUUGCUGCUGUGGAAGUUUUUGCAAUCCUGGCCUCUAGUUAUGGUUUACUGUUCUGUAUAUUUGCCCCAAAAUGUUUCAUUAUUCUCUUGAGGCCAGAGAAAAACACUAAGAAACACCUGAUGGCAAGAUAA